AUGGCUGAGGCGGCGGAACCCCAUGGGGAAUCCCAUGGCGCUGAAGUUAAAAUCCAGCAGCCCGCGGAAAAACUGCUUAGGGGACAGCCGAGGCGGGGCCGGCGCUCCGUGCUCAAAGUGUCCCAGCUGCUACUCCAGGCCAUCACCUCACACAGAGGGCUGACUCUGGCCGCUCUCAAGAAGGAGCUGGGAAACGCUGGCUACGAAGUGCGCAGCAAGAACUUCCGCCCGUGGGGCGAAGCGCCCCGGCCGGAGGUGAAGGGCACGCUCCUCCGGGUCAGCGGCAGCGACGCCGCCGGCUACUUCAGGGUCUGGAAGAUUCCGAGGCCAAAGAAGAAGCCGGAUCACCCGAGGUUUGAUGAGAGACACCGCUCUUCGAGGAGGACUCGAGCGGGGACCUCGGGCCCACGGAGGCGACGCACGCGUCGUCGCAGGGCGGCCAGGAAGGCCAGAGAAGUUUGGAGGCAGAGCAGCAAGGCGGACGGGAAGACGAAGAGGGUGAGGUCAAGAGCCAGGGGCUUGGGGCGUUCCUGUACCGGAGAGGCGAUGGAAGGGGGGAGAUCACGGACCACCAAGGGAGAGAGCAAGCCUAGGACAAGAGAGGAGAGGAGACCGGGCCCCAGGCCAAAGGAAGAGAAGAAUCAGGACGUCCAGAAACUGGUGAAACGCACCGUCCAGAAGCCAACCCCGCUUAAAGUCGAUCAGACUUCUAGCGAGCAGGGGAAGACCUUGGAAAUAAAGGCAGCUCGCUCAAAGGUGUCUGCCAAAUCGGAAUGUCCUCGGAACGCAACGGGGAAUUCCUAG